AUGUCAGACAUAUUGGGAGAAGGCGAAGAAAGACCUCUUAAAGGCGAAGGUUCCCCCCCGCCUGAUGAUACCUCACCGGUCACUUUUCUUCCUGAGGUAGUUAUAAAAGAAAAAAAACUGACCUUUGAAGAAGCAUCUAAAUGCCUUGGAGUGCUGGGUAAAGACGAGAGCGGAAUUAGGUACGCCUAUCUGAUGAUAAACGUGAGCGGUAAAAAACUCACGGACGUAUCGGUAAUCUUAAACUUUAAACACAUCUUGUUCUUGGAUGUGAGCAUCAACUACCUAACUCUGGAGAGCCUCCAGGUGUUGGUAGACAUGCCUUUCGUGAUACUGAUCAAAGCAGCGAAUAACAAAAUCGAAUCUGCCGCUCUAGGCAUGAUGCCUUACUUACAAGUGCUGGUUUUAAGCAAAAAUCAAAUCACUGAAACGUGCGAUAUAAAUCAACCGCUCUUGGAUACUUUGGAUUUAAACCAUAAUUUGAUAUGUACGGCUCAGUUUGAUGUCGAAAGAUUGGAGGGUUUAAAAAUACUCGAGCUAAGAGGAAAUCAUCUGUUGGAUUUUGCUGGUAAUUAUCCUUUAAAACUAGAAAAGUUGUAUAUGGCAAACAAUAAGAUAACUAAAAUUAAUAUUGACGAUUUAUCCAAAUUGAAAAGCUUGGAGGUUUUACACUUAAGAAACAACUUUAUCAGAAAACUGGAUGGUUUUAAAACACAAUCUUUAAAUUAUUUGAAUUAUUUAAAUUUGCGAAACAAUCACAUAAACAAAAUGAGGCAGUUUCGAAAACUGCAAUAUCUUAAACAUUUAAAUACUCUUAUAAUACUUGGGAAUCCUGUCUGGGGUGAGGACGAACUAAUUAAGGGUGAAGAUAAAAGAGGUGGUGGUGGUGGAGAUGAUGAUGAUGAGGAUGAAGCUAUGGGAGAAGAGGAUGAAAAAGUAAAAAUAGAUCCUAGAAGAAUAGCUUUGCUGGUACUUCUGCCGGAGCUAAAGAGAAUCAACAAGGAAUUCGUGACGAUUGACGAACAAGAGUUGGCGUUGAAAGUAAAAAAAGAAAAAUACGAGGAAAUCAUGGACGAAGAAAAUAAGGGCAAUGCAACAGUAGCGAUGGACACAAGUGACUACAACACAAAAGAACUAUUACAAGACCAGGCUUACCAACCCAUCACCACGGAUCCUACUACAUAUCUAGAGAAAACUACCAGAAACAAGAGAGUCCCAUUGCCGAAGACAUCCAAAGACAACUCAUACCCAGGAAGAAAUCAUCUAGAUGUCCAAAACUCUAUGGUCUUCCAAAAAUACAUAAACAAGAAGCAGUCUUAA